AUGGUCCGCGACAUGCAGGCCAACAUCAAGCGCAUCGUCAACCUCGAGGCGCUUGCCGCAGGCACCAACAAGCGCCGCAUCAUGCAGCAGGCUGUCUUCAUGGAACUCUGCAACAUGCUAGAUCCCGGGAAGCCUUCUUUCACUCCCAAAAAGGGCAAGCCAAGCGUAGUCAUGUUCGUUGGUCUGCAAGGUCAGUCUUCCUGUCGCUACGUUAUGUCUCAUGCUAUGGUAGCUGCACAUUUGCUCGAGUGA